AUGCAAAGUUUGGCCCCCCCGCCUCCCGCGGUGACGGACCCUCCUGAUUGGCCCAGAGGACCCCCGGGAGGUGGUUCAUCCUGCUGGGCAAAAGCCUUCCAGCGUAUAAAAACUUCUCCCUUCUGGUCACUGCCAGCUCAACAAGAAGGCGGAAGCCCGACAAGGAGUGACUACGAAGCGUCCCUGGGGGAGAUCGACAUCGUCGGCGAGGAUGAUCCGAGCUCCGGGGCGGAGUUCGACUCCUCGGGUGCGGACUCCUGCGCGGAGAGCGAGGGCGCGGACGCCCCCACCCCCUCGUCCCCGUCACCGUCGUCCUCCUUUGGGAAGGCUGCGGUGAAGCCGCCGUACUCCUACAUCGCGCUCAUCACCAUGGCCAUCCUGCAGAGCCCCAUGAAGAAGCUCACCCUCAGCGGCAUCUGCGACUUCAUCAGCAACAAGUUCCCCUACUACCGGGACAAGUUCCCCGCCUGGCAGAACUCCAUCCGGCACAACCUGUCCCUCAACGACUGCUUCAUCAAGAUCCCCCGGGAGCCCGGGAACCCCGGCAAGGGCAACUACUGGUCCCUGGACCCGGCUUCGGAGGACAUGUUCGACAACGGCAGCUUCCUCCGGCGCAGGAAGAGGUUCAAGAGGACCCAAGCGGACUUCGGGAAGGACGGACUCGUCUUCUACUCCAACUACUGCCGACAUUUGGGCCAGCCGUACCCGCUGCCGGUGCAGGUCGUUCCCGCGUCCUACUUUGUGAAGCGCGCUGGAGCCAAAGACUUGAGCGGCACAGAAGCGACGAGCCGCGCUGCACAAUCCAAAUGCUCCUUCAGUAUAGACUCCAUCAUGAGCACGCCGGCUCUCCCCCGUUACCCACACUUCAUGUCCAACCCCGCGGCCUGCCUGGUUCCUGCCCCCCUGCAGAGUCCCGCCACUCCGUUUGGGCCUUCCUCCGUCCUGAGCGGCGACCAUGUCAGAUGUUCAUACCCACACUGCUGACGUGUGCUGCCAUGAUGUCAUUGUGUGCCUCACAUGCACAAUGUUACUUUGGCUCGUUUCUUAAAGAAAUAUAACUGUACAGGCUGCAUGAUAUUUGUGUAAUGAGUGUGGAAGGAAGCCGUGUAAAUAAGAUGUCAUGUAAUAUAUGAGUGGAAGUAGCGCCAUGCUGCAGUAGGCUUCACAAUGAAUGUUUUUAUUAAUAAAUAAAUGUUACAAAUUGUAAAAAAAAUACAUGAGAUUUGAUCUUUCCAUCGGUGUCCGUGCUGUCUAUCCAUCUAUAUCUAUC